ACUCGGACAGACCCUCUUACCCAUUCCCCAUUCGUCUCUUUCUUCGGGUUUGGCUCUUUCUACUCUUUCACCUUUUUGAUGGAGUUGGCUUUGAGCUUAGGCGAUACCCCGAAACCCUUUUCACUUCUUGAGAAAUCCCAGAAGAUUCUUGGCAAGGAUUUAGGGUUCUGCAUGGGCAUGGCUGUCGGAAAAUCUGAUGCUGAAAACAACAGCAGAUGUAAAGAAACUACCGGGUUAUUCUCUGCAGAUGAUGAUCAAAGAAGAUCAGAUUCUUCGUCAGAUCUACCGGUUCAGCUUGAUCUUCUCCCUUUCUCUCCGGUCCACAGAAGUCACCCUUCCUCACACAAGUUCCCUUUCCCAUGGCUUACUGAAAAAUUGGGUGGUGAUGGGGUGGAGGGAAACAUGAGGCGAGGUGGAGAUGAAGGUCAUGAUCAAGAAGGGGCGUCACUCUCAUCACCAAACAGCGCGGUUUCAUCAUUUCAGAUGGAUUUCUGUCAUGUGUUGAGAAGUGGGAAGAGAGAUUUUGAGCAAAUUACUAGUGCAGGUCAUGAAGCUGCAGAUAGAGGGACUUGCUCAAGAGGAAGCGAUGAGGAAGAAAACGGCAUGUUGGCCAGGAAGAAACUCAGACUCUCCAAAGAACAGUCUGCCUUUCUUGAAGAAAGUUUCAAAGAGCACAACACCCUCAAUCCUAAACAGAAGCUUGCUCUUGCAAAGCAGUUGAAUCUUCGUCCUCGCCAAGUGGAAGUGUGGUUCCAAAACAGAAGAGCUAGGACGAAGUUGAAGCAGACGGAGGUAGACUGUGAGUAUUUAAAAAAGUGCUGUGAGACACUGACGGAAGAGAACAGGAGGCUGCAGAAAGAGCUUCAAGAGUUGAGAGCUCUCAAGGCUUCUCAGCCUUUCUACAUGCAACUUCCCGCUACAACUCUCACUAUGUGCCCAUCUUGUGAAAGGGUCGCCACCACCACCACCACCACCACCACCACCUCCUCCGCCGCUAUCAACAACCCUUCUAAACUCUUUUCACUUUCACCUCCCCAUCAGCCUGCUUCUAAUUGAUAUUAUUAUUAGUUAAAGACUAGGAAUUAAAAAGAAAGAAUCAAUGUGGUAGUUUUUUCUUUUCUUUUCUUUUUUUUUUAUAAAUGUGGUUUUGUGUAUAUAGUUGAGGAUUUUGACCAUAUAUUCCUUGAAUGAUUAUUUGAUUUGUAAUGGCUGCUGUUAUGAUGGUUUGGAAGAGAGCACUCACAGUUUGACUCAGAAUGUAAACCAGGUUUCCAU